GGUCUACUUCAGUGUUACGCAACCUAUGCGGAAGCUAGAAGGAUUCUCACAGAAGCAUUGUUCCUGAUUUGUGUGCAGCGAGGUAUAUUAACAUCAUACUGCCCUGGGUUCUUUGAUAUUCUCCCGAUUUAUAGCUUGGUUAGAGGCUCGUAUUUGCUGCUCCAAAAUGCUUUGUGCGGCGGCAGCAGAGAGAAAUAAAGAGCCCAUUUCGUCAGUCCUUAGGGAUUGCAUCGAGCCUAGUCGUCCCCUCAAAGCGUUGGAGAUCUCGUCAGGUUCAGGUCAACAUAUUGUGCACUUUGCCCAAGCGUUCAAAAAUGUUACAUGGCAGCCUUCCGAUGUUGAUGUGCAAUCUAUUUCCAGUAUACAGGCGUACCGUAAUCACCUGAAGCUUGACAAUGUAAAGUCAGCAAUUCACCUGGAUGCUUCUCAGUCAUGGGAGAACUGGAGUGGGUUUGAGCCCGACUCCCUGGACAUAGUGAUCAACCUCAACAUGAUACACAUAUCUCCUAUAGCCUGUACGAAGGGCUUAUUCAAAGGUGCAGGAGUAAUCUUGAAACCACAAGGACUGCUCCUAACUUACGGGGUAUAGACAUUUUAUAAUCUUAUUCAGCCAUGUAGUAAUUUCACCAACAGCACCUCACAGUAAAAUGUAUUUUGCUAGUAAUUACACACUUGUUACACUACAUGGGUUUGCAGUCACAGAUAGUACAAGGUUGGGCCUCUUACAAUAUCUUAUGAUGUGGUUUUGCACACACUCUCUGCUGCAUUCUAUGUGUUUUAUAUGGUUGCUAGUCUAUGCAAUUGUCAACAUUAUGCUUUAAAUGCUAAACUAAAAGAAGCCUCUUCAUCAGAUUGUAUUCAUUUUAUAAGUAAAUAAACACAUUUAACGUCAGGUCUUUAUGUUUAUAUCAA